AUGGCGCAAGUCCCUGUGCAAACGAUCCAUAGGGAUCCCCAGCUCUUCUACUGGAUUCUGAUCCCCAUCACAGUGGUCAUGAUCUUAACAGGUGUUCUCCGCCAUUAUGCAACGGUUCUCAUGGCCACAGCCCCGAAGAAACAAGAACUGCCAGCCAUCAAAGAACAGCGCUCCCUCCUUCGCGGCGUCAACCUCCGCGCCAACGCGAAUGUCAUCUCCGCUCCCUCAUUCCAAGCUCGAAAAGACUACCUUGUCGCAGCAUAUGAAAGCGGGGCGUUCUUAAAGGAACCAGAUAAGAAGGGCCAGGCUGCGCCGAAUCCCAUGACGGAUCCGGCGGCUAUGGAGGGCAUGAUGGGUAUGAUGAAGGGGAAUAUGGCUAUGAUUGUGCCGCAGACAUUGAUUAUGGGGUGGAUCAAUGCUUUCUUUAGUGGUUUUGUGAUCAUCCGGUUGCCGUUCCCCUUGACUAUUAAGUUCAAGAGCAUGUUACAGGCAGGUGUAGCAACCAAGGAUAUGGACCCGCAGUGGAUGUCUUCCAUUUCCUGGUAUGUGCUGUGUAUCUUUGGAUUACAAUCGGUGUUCAACUACCUUCUGGGAAGUGACAAUGCUGCAAGCCAAAUGCAACAGCAGAUGGGACAGAUGGGUCCAGGUGCUGGAGCUCAGAUGUUCGGUCCAGGUGUCGAUCCUGACAAGCAGUUUCAGGCCGAGAUAGAAAAUCUGAACGUGUUAGCUCACCACUAUACCUUGGAGGGCGUUGAGGAUAGACUGUUGCAGACGGUGGUGGUUUAG